AUGAUAAUGCGACGUAACUGUUAUAUCCAACGCUUACUCAUCCUUUAUCCCCGUGACAUAAGUGGAGCCCGUAGCCCCACUAACGGUCAAACAUUUCCUCGUUGGAAGUCUCCGGUUCAGUCUUACCGGUCGUCAGGGAAGAUGCCUCGUCAUGAUGAUCGCCGUGGUGGUACGCGUCUGUAUGUUGGACGCUUGUCUUCGCGGACACGGUCACGUGAUUUGGAAGACAUUUUCAGCAGAUAUGGAAGAGUACGUGAUGUGGAUAUGAAGCGUGAAUUUGCCUUUGUGGAAUUUAGUGAUCCUCGAGAUGCUGAUGAUGCAAGAUAUAGAUUAAAUGGCCGGGAAGUUGAUGGGAGUCGUAUCCUGGUUGAAUUUGCAAAGGGGGAAGGGUAUGAUGCUCCAAAAGCAGAAGGAUAUGAUAGUGCCCCUGGAUAUCCAGGGGCACUAUCAUAUCCUUCUGCUUUUGGAGCAUCAUACCCUUCCUCUUUGGGGUCAUCAUACCCUUCUGCUUUGGGGUUGUUAUGUACUGAGGGGAUUUGUGCAAUUUUAAAUUGUCAAGCAUUCUUCUGUAGUAAAGGACAAUGA